AUGUUCUACGGAUUGACACUAAGUAAAACCAAACAACUUGCUUUCGAAUAUGCAGUUGGAAAUAACUUACCACAUAAUUUUAACGUCGAAAAGAAAACCUGCGGUAAAGAUUGGCUGCGUGGUUUCUUAGCACGGCAUCCACAAAUUUCUCUCAGACGUCCAGAAGCUACCAGUCUUAACCGAGUAAUUGCGUUUAAUCGAAAAGAUGUGAACUUAUUUUAUGACAAUUUAGAACUAGUCUUCGAAAAAUAUAAAUUUCCUGCAAGACGCAUUUAUAACGUGGAUGAGACGGGAAUUAGUAGAGUAUAUAAACCUCAUCGAGUUUUGGUGGAAAAAGGGAGAAAACAGGUGGGUGCAAUUACAAGUGGCGAAAGGGGCCAGACAACCACUGUUGUACGUUGUAUGAGUGCCGCAGGAUAUUUCGUGCCGCCAAUGUUUAUUUUUAAACGCGAACGUAUGAAUGUCGCUUUGGAAAAAAAUGGACCUGUAGAUGCAAUCUACCGUUGCUCGAAAUCAGGAUGGAUCACUGAAGAUUUAUUUCUGGAGUGGUUAAAGCAUUUCGCUCAAUAUGUAAAUGUCUCUACUGUAGAUCUAGUGCUAGUAAUUUUAGAAAAUCAUACCACACACUCUUCCUUGAAGUCUUAUAAAUUCUGUCGUGAAAACGGGAUUGUUCUUGUUUCACUGCCCCCACACACUUCCCACCGGCUCCAGCCUCUGGACGUCACAUUUUUCAGUUCACUAAAGACAGCAUAUAGUAAGGAAUGCGAUCUUCAUAUGAAGACCCAUCAUUAUAGCAAAAUUGAAGUGACUGACAUCGCAGAGCUCUUUGCCAAAGCUUAUAAUCGCAUCACUUCUAAAGAAAAAGGUUUAAAUGGGUUUAAAAAUACGGGUAUAUUUCCGUUAGACAGAAACCUAUUUGGUGAGGAAGAAUUUACUGAAAUGACAGUAGAAGCAACAGUAGGAGCAAAUUCCGACAUCGAAAGAGAAGCUAGCGAAUUAAGCUUUUCUCCCGAAAAUUCGGUUUAUUUAGAUUCGAAGCCCGGAACUAGUACGGCUUCAGACUCACCAUAUGUACCAACCAAAAGCUACUAUAAAAAAUAUAUGCGUCAAACUACACCGCCACUGGAAACCUAUAAUACGAAGCCGCGUGCUAAUUUAGAUAAAAAAAGCGUCAGCGCAGGUCAUCUUCCAGCGAUAGCUUUUCAACAGACAUUACAGAGGUCUCCGACGAAAACGCAACCGAUGAUGGAGACAAGACCGUUCUAUUAA